CUCUCACCUGGCCAAAACAGCUCGGCGCUCCUGGUCUACACUACGCGACCCUCUUAAACCGGUCGCCCCGACUCUCUCUCUUCUUCCGACCUUUCUUCAAUCCCACGUGCACGCUCAACUCGGCGCCCUGCAUUGUCGAGUCACUAGUACUAUCGUUUUUGCCCAUCUCUAACUUGCAGCUGCCAUCAUGGCCGACGAGACUUUCGACGAGGACAUCUUUGAUGAUCUCUACGAUGAACCCGAAGAGCCCGCAAAGCCUGCACCCGCGUCUGCAGCACCAACUGCACCAGCCGAGCCCCAGCCCGCCACGAAGAGCGAGCCUGCUGUCGAAGCCGCGUCUACCGCCUUCAAUGGACAGGCCAUCAAGGACGAGUAUGCGCCCGCAGAUGGCGACGCGCGAAUGGCUGGCUCGCACGCCUCACAUUUCCCUGGAGGCGCAGACCAAGGCGUCAAGAACGAGCCCGCUGUAGAUGACAAUUAUGGCCCAAUCAACGUCAAGGAAGAUGGGUAAGUUUUACUGUUGAUAUCCUCUGGUAAUUGUAUCUUGUCAUGCGCAUCCCCUUGCCCAGACCCCAUAG